UCCGUUCAGUGCGUCUCUGUGCGCGUUGGUGCGAUAUUCGGUUGCUCCUGUCAUUCACUGUGCCGCGGCGCGAACACGGGUAGCGACAAGGACCAAAAAUCCAUCCUGUUGCAGCUGUUAUUUACGUGCCUGGAGGAAAAAAAAAAACAACCAAAACAAAAUCCAUCAGAGGCUGGUUUCUGUUCAUCCAGAAGCUCCUCACAAGAUCUUCAAGGAGAGUAUCUGUGAGACAUUACAAUGCUUCAGAUAAGGGACAUCCUCUGGGGACUGUUGUUCACCGGCUGUGCAGCUGCCAUUCAGGUGCAAAUCACUCCAUCGCAAGGGGAAAUCAGCGUUGGAGAGUCCAAGUUUUUCCUCUGCGAAGUGGUCGGGGAUGCAAAAGAAAUUGACUGGUUUUCCCCUACUGGUGAUAAGAUCCUCCCAAAUCGGCCAAACAUCUCUGUGAGUUCUACUGACGAGGCCACAUCGGUUCUCACCAUCUACCAUGCCACUGUGGACAACGCUGGUACUUACAAAUGUAUCGCAAAAAAUGGAGACAAGGAGGCCCAAGCUACAGUUCAAGUUAAAAUCUUCCAAAAGAUCACCUUCGUGAAUGCAGCGAGUCCACAGGAGUUCAACGAGGGUGACAGCGCUGAAAUCAUCUGCGAUGUGGUUAGCUCGCCGCCGCCCUCCAUCAUUUGGAAACACAAGGGCGUCAUAGUCGAUUCCUCCAAAGAUGUCCGUUACAAAUUCAUGGAAAAUGGCCACCUGGUGAUACGUGGCAUCAAGAAGGCUGAUGAAGGAACGUAUUCUUGUGAAGCUCGUGUUAAUACCAGGGGAGAAAUUGACUUCCGGAUGAUAAAGGUCAUCGUUAAUGUCCUUCCUACAAUCCGCCCGAGGAAAGCUGAAGUCAAUGCCACAGCGGAUGUUGGGGAUGGUGUCUUGCUGGCCUGUGAUGCAGAUGGCUUCCCUGAGCCCACUGUUACCUGGACACAUAACGAUGUCGUCCUUCAAAUGGGUGAAAAAUACAGUUUAAACGAGGAUGGUUCUGAAUUGGUAAUAAAUGACGUCCAGAAGGUGGAUGAAGGAGAUUAUACUUGCAUUGCCGUCAACAAGGCAGGAAGGAAAGCCGAGAUCGUCAGCCUGAACGUGUUUGUGCUGCCCAGAAUUACCUACUUCAACAACAACACUGCCUCUGAGUUUGAUGAGGAGGUCACCCUGACCUGUGAGGCCUCGGGUGACCCCACACCCACCAUCUCCUGGAGAUUUGGAGACACAGUUUUCAUUGAUGGAGAGCAGGCAUCUUGGACACGACCAGAAAAAUAUGAGAGCCUUGAUAGGAACGUUGUGGUGCGAAGCCACGCACGGGUAUCCUCCCUCACCCUGAAGAAUGUCCAGUACACGGAUGCUGGUCAUUAUCUUUGCGUUGCCAGCAACUCAAUUGGUGAAGACAACCAGGAAGUGUUCCUCGAAGUGCGCUAUGCUCCAAAGAUUUGGGGUUUUGCGGUAUCUUGGACAUGGGAAGGAAACCCAGCCAACUUAUCUUGUCUGGUGAGGGCCAACCCCAGAGCCUCGGUGGUUUGGUACCGAGACGGAGUCGAGCUGCCAAGUGAAAACUCAACCAACAUACGGAUCUUCAACACCCAUAAUGCCAGCCAUCUGGAGAUUACACCUGAGUCCCAAAGUGACUUUGGAAGCUACAACUGCACAGCAACUAAUGGAAAAGGCAGCGAUUCCAAGGAGUUCCUCCUAGUCCAAGCAGAUGUGCCGGGGUCGCCUAUAAUCGAAGAAGUGCAGCCGUUCUCCAGCACAGCAAAGGUGGUGUUCAAGGAAUCUGUCAGCAGUGGCGGAGUGCCGGUUUUAAAGUACAGAGUGGAAUGGCGUCUGCCUGGUAGGGAGUGGAAAAGUGAGGAGUACAAAGCUGAAGCAGACAUGACCAGCGUGAUCAUCGACGGACUGAAACCAGAGACUACCUACGAGGUCAAGAUGUCCGCCAUCAACGGGAAAGGCGAGGGCGAGAGCAGCCGUACCAGCCUUUUUAAGACGGAGCCAGUCCACUAUUCCCUCACAAUUGCAUCAUCGAUGCCACCUGCUAUUGCUGCCACCAGCAUGGCCAUUAAAGGGGAACCAAAUGCUCCCUUACUAGAAGUCAUGCCUAUAAAGAGCAGUAACACUGUGAAAAUCAAGUGGACCAAGCAGGACGACGGUGGAUCUCCAAUUAAACACUUGCUGGUCAGAUACAAGGCUAAGCAUGUGUCUGACUGGAAACCAGAACUGAAACUUCCCCCCAGGAGCGAGUAUGUCAUUCUGAACGGCCUUGAUUGGAAUACAGAUUACGAGGUCCAUGUGGUAGCAGAGAAUCAACGGGGCCGAUCCGAGCCAUCCAUCACUUCCUUCAGAACAGCUACAGAACCCACCGCCAUCCCAGGUUCUGGAGAUGCUGCAGCCGGUGGCUCCGGACUCGGCACCGGAGCAAUUGUGGGAAUCCUCAUCGCUGUUUUCUUGUUGCUACUGGUUGCUGUGGAUGUCACCUGCUAUUUUCUCAACAAGUGUGGACUCCUCAUGUGCAUCGCUGUAAAUGUCUGUGGGAAGGCUGGCCCAGGUGCAAAGAGCAAGGAUAUCGAAGAGGGAAAGGCAGCGUUCUCGUCACAAAAGCACUUACUACCUUGUUGUUACCCUAACACUUUUCUUUUUUUUUUUUGGCUCUGUGCUUCCUCUCUGAUCUCCUCUCCUCCUCCUUCACCUCCUUCCUGUUUUCCCUGUGACUCCCUGCCACACAGACCUGCUGCUGCAGAUUCCCCACACCCCGUGGUAAACGUACUCCCCUCCACUGCUGCUAACUCGGUUACUGAGAGCUUAAGCACGCCGCAGACUAACCCCUCUGACUUGAAGCCUUCUCCUAAAAACACCACAGAGGCCCUUUCCAGUUCCCCAAAAGCUGACCCUGAAUGCAAUGUUGGACCCCUGGUUGACCUCAGCGACACACCCAAACAACCCCCUGCCUCCAGCCCUCCUGUAUUAGAGCCAGUUAGCCCACCCUCUGCCAAUGCCGACGGGCCACAGAGUCAGUGUGAGUCAGUCAAAGCUCCCAACUCCACCCAGAGUAAGGACUCACAAGUAGACGGCUCAAGCAAGGACACCAGCAAUGCCCCAUGCUCAGACUCCACCUCAUCAGGCCAAAACGAUGGGAAGACGGUGAAGGAUGAAAACGCCAAAGCCGAGACGGAGGUGAAGAACGCCACGACUGAGGUGAAGACGGUUCCCAACGAGGCUCCUCAGGCAAACGGCAACGAAAGUAAAGCGUAAUCUCCGCCUCCCGGAAGCAGGGAGAAGAAGGACGGGGAAGGGGUGUAGUUUGGAUUGGGAGAGUUUGGGGGAAUGGGCUUUACAGGUUAAAAGCUGGGCUGGUCACAGUCACUGAAACUUCAACACAAUUUCACACACCAUCCCACUGCAUUAGAAACAGCAACUAGGAAAAAAAAAUUAAAGUGUCUGCUGGAAAAUGACCAGGUACAAUAGACCUAAAAGCCUUACUUUCUUUUACACCCAUUUAAAAUCAGUCAUUGUAAGGAAUAAAUAUUCAUGCAUCCAUUUCACCAAUUGUCUGUUAACAGCAGCAUAGCAUCUGUAGUAUUUUAUCUAGAUAAAGUUGGUUGAAUUGUAGCUUUACUUCACAGAUUUACUGCCUUUAAGAUGCACACAAAUGUAAGACCGACUCUGCUACUCGUCAUUAUGGGGUUAUGGAUUUGGGUCUUCUUUUUUUACAUUUUUAUUUUUGUUUCCGUAAUGUUCUGAUUGCCGCUUUAGCUGUUUUUAAUGUCUUAUUAAGCAUGUGGGGUUUUUUUUGUUUGUGAAGUUGCUGUAUUUCUGUAAAUUCGUAUGUAAUCGGGUUUGUUUCGUUUCGCUUCUUACCUGUGUUUCACUUCAUCUCAUCUUAAGUCCCAAAAACUGAAACAUUUCCGUGCAAAGUAUUCCCCUUGAUGUUAAUACUGACUGCUUUUUGUUUUGCUCUCCUAAAAAUUUUCUUUGCGUACAGUUUAGACAUGGACCAAUCAGAGGUUUUUACAGCCACUGAUGAUUUAAGCAAGCCAGUUUUCUCCUGAUUAACAACAGUUACUUAUUCCAAAUAUUGCUUCAUACUUUUCAUGCCAUCAUGUGAAAUAUAAAACACUAACAUCUCUAAAUUCAGUACGACUUUUGUCCAAAGGAGAAUGUUGCUAGUUUACCUUACUACACAUUUGACGCUGUAACAAUUACUCUUAGAUCACCCCAUUUGCACACUUGCAUUUCUUUUGCACACUUGCCAAAAGAAUUGCAAGUUCUGCAACUCUUGUGUCUUGUACUCUAUAAGGCAUUGCAUCAAUUAACCGAUAAGGAUAUUACUUAAGCUCAUGCUAAUAUAAACAAACCCCCUAAGUUAUAUUGGGACGAUGGUUGAAACUGAAAGUAAAACUGAACGCAUUCUGAUUAAUUCUAUGGCUUGAUGCACAGACACCCAAAUUUAGCCCCAUAAAAUGUGCAUUUUUUAAUUAAUGCCAUCUUAGUAAAUUUGAAAGAUUAACAUCUCUGAAUUUAGUAUGAUUGAUGUUGAAUGCUCAAAGGCAGUGCUUUUUUUUUUUACUCCGUUCCUCAAGGCGCACUGCUCGGCACUGUCCGGCUUCAGCAUUGCUGGAUUUCAGCUAACGGCUAAUUAACUAGCUUUGCUGAGCUGCAGUCAUUGAAUCUGUUGUCUUUCAGCCUUUAUUCUACUGUAAUCUCUGUCAGGCUUUAAAGGUAGCUGCAAAAAAGCUUAAAAUUUGUUCUUAUAACUGUUGGGCUUACUCUAGCCUCAUUUUUGUCCCCUUUCUACUGCAGCAAAGCCCACUUUGGUCCCUCUUACCGUAGGUACACUUGGUAGUACAAACAUUAGUUAAUCUAUUCCAAAAUUAUUGGAUUUUGAAUCACUAAUUUGAUCACUAGCUCUUUUUAUGUUUGCAAAGUUCAUUUUUUUUACUGGCUUCUUGGACUUACUGCCUGGUGGAUCUGGUUGCCUUGCAGUGUUGUGAGCUGUCAGUUCUUUCAGUGAUUAAAUUUACGAUUAAAAUGCAGAUUCUUGGGUCCUUUUUUUUAAGCUUUAUCAAGAUAUUUCUGUCAUGGGCAGGUCUUUUAUUUUGAAGAAAACAAAGUUAGAACAUAGAAGGUUUUGGGUGGUUUCCAUAAGGAUUGAAUUGUUAUAGAUCAUUGUAGAGUUGUCAGCGCUUGUAUGUUCGCCUGUACACAAACUUAAUUUUUAGGAGACAAUGUUUUUUUUUUUUUUCUUUAGAUUAGUUACAUUAAAUCCUAGUUUCAUUCUUUUUAUGAACUUUUCCAAUUAAAUUCUGAUGUUGAUGUCCUAAACUGUCUUCAUCAUUUCUGAGGUAUCCCUAAAAGCAACCUUAAUAAUCAAAUAAAUAUUGUGUGGCCAAAUAUAUUGGGGUAAUCGAUAAACAUGUAGGAUUGAGAUCAAUAAAACUCAAGAUAAAGAAUUUCAAUAAUAGGAGUCUGGCUAUAAAUGUAUUGGUUCAUCUCAUUUUAAUACAAAUGUAUGGGGUAAAAAAAGGAGAAAAUAAUAGGUUCUCAAAAAUCGAACUAAUUUUCAACAAAAAAGGUUUGUGCAUCAUCAUUUGUGCAUUUGAAAAAAUUUCUUUUUUCUGAUUCGGCUUUGUGCAUUUUUCUUAUCAAAUACAACAGUUUGCAGUAGCAGUAAUUUUUGCUUAAAAAUAUCCAUAAAUAUGUUUGUAACUUUAGGUGUUAGCUAAUAGAUCUGGGUGAGUAGCAGCCAACAGCAAGAUACACAGAUAAUUUCCAUUAAUUAAUUUAAGCAAUACAAAUGAUUAAUUAAUUUUCCAAGUCUUAUAUGAUAAAGAUGAGUAAAUGUUUGUUUUUUUUUAAACAAUAUGUCUACUUUCUGUAUCAUUCUAAAUUAUAUGUUUAUAGAGGAGUCAAACCAACACCUGGGGACUCUAAACUCAACUCUACGUCGAUUUGUUCUGGUUGAUCAGUUUGAUUUGUGACUUUUCAUUCAUUCAAAGCCAAAUUUUACAUCUUUAAUAAAGAUUUCUGGUUUUUAUUUCUAUAUUGUUUAUUUUAUAAACUAUCUUCACCGCCCUGAUUCAUAAAUAUAAAUAUAUUCUGCAGGUGUGCUACCAUACUAUUGCAUUUUCAUGUUAUCAGAAGACAUUUUUCCAAAUGAGAAUAUUGCAGGUUUACCUUACUACACUUUAUGCUGUAAUAAUUCUUGGUUCACCCUAUUUGCACACUUACCAUAGAUUAUCUUCAUAUGCCCAAAGAAUUGCAAGUUCUGCAACUUUUGUGUCUUGUACUGUAUAAGGCACUGACACAGAUGGGAUUUUCAUAUUGCAUCACGUAACCGAUAAGGAUAUUAUUUAAGCUCAUGCUAAUAUAAACAAACCCUUCAGUCAUAUUGGGCCGAUGGUUGAAACUGAAAACAAAACUGAACUCAUUCUGAUUAUAUGGCUUAGUGCAAAGAAACCCUAAUUUAGACCCAUAAAAUGUGCAUUUUUUGAAUACCCCAGCAAAAAGGAGAUACAUCUUUAGCGACUGUAUAUGAUUAAGACCUUCUUUUCAGAGCCUUUUUCUACCUAUGGGAACAUUUCUGACCUCACAAGUUCUGUUCUUGUUCUGAAAAUCCAAGCUAAAGGUGAGGAUGCAUCAAGACAGAAAGUUGGGAUUUUAAUCCACAUUUUUUUUAGCACACAGCUCACAUGAUAGUGAUUGCAAAUUAAUCCUUUUUCUAUAACUUAGCAUUUAGCUCCUCCAUACCCAUAUUCUAUUUUUAUUAUGUUAGAUUGUUUGAUAUCAACACUUUUAUAGAAUUUAACUUGAAGAUUAGACAUGUGCAUCCACUGUUCUGAUCAAUCUAAAAGGCCUUGCUGGUAAAUCUCUAAAUCUGUGGUCUCUUCCUUUAGGCCUGAUCUACUGCUCUGGUGUUUUAUGUGCAUCCCUGCUUCAGCAAACCUCAAUCAAAGUAGAAGAAAGUCACCAGGCCUUUUCCAAACCUGAUGACAGGCUUUAUAGGUUAUGAAUCAUUUGAUUCAGCUGUGGUAAAUUAGGGGUGUGUCAAAAAAUGUGCACGGUGGUAGAUCUUAAGGACUAGAGUUGGAGAACCCUGCUCGAAAUUUUUAUUUAGUAAAAAAAUCCACUAAGAUAAACUUUUUCAAUCUAAACUUUACAAAUGAACCCUUAUGUUUUUGAUAUCUGACAAUUACACAACACUUCAAACAUUAUGAACUAUUAGGUGAUCAGUUUAUUUGAUAGUCUGCCUUCCCUCCAAAUUUUCUUACAUUUUGUCACUAAUGAAGAUUUUUUUUUUUUUUUUUUUUUUUUUACGGAAUUACAUUUUGUCAUUCUUUGGAUUUUCUACUCUUUUGUUUUGAAUUUUAGCCAUUAUCCACAAAGGGACACAAAAUGUGUCACUAGCAGUUUUAUGAAACAUGAACUUUGCAAUAUUUCUGAUUUUAAUUGAAAGUAUUUUUCAUCAUUUUAACAGCGAAGCACCCCUUCAGAAUUAUUUCAUUAAUAAUGCAUGCAAUUUUUUUUUAUACGUUUAGUUUUGCUGUGACAUUGUUAAAGUGAGAUACAGAGACCCGUUGUUCAUAAUAAAAAUGAAAAACAUGAGAGAACAUGCCUUAUAAGUUAGGCUACCGAACCCCGUUCUCCCCAUAGCAACAGUGAUCUGGUUAAAAAGUAUAAAACUUUGAAUUUCUUUCCAAAAUUCAAUGUUGACAUUUUUAGAAAAUAAAUAAAACAGAUUUUCCCCAGUGAAUAAAUCUGCCCAAAUUGAUGGUUGGACUUUUCAUUAUUUUUUUUACAAAGAGAGAUAAUGUGCAUCUGCAGGUAAGGAUUGUUUAACAAGCCAACGAAUAAAAAUUCACUUCAGUCAUACUUUUUAAAUCCAAAGGAAUUUUUUUAUUUUUUUUUAAACCCCAAUCAAAACUAGAUAUGAUUGCUGACGUGUUCAAGGCCAAAAUAUAACAUUUUCAACAUUUGAAUUCUUAAAAUUAGUUUCCCAAAAACCUAAGAAAAUGUGAAUAUAUGAUAUCUGGGUGUCUUUAAGAUUUUGAUUAAAUCAAAGAUCUCUUAAAAGGUGAUACAUUUACACCCAUACUUAGAAAUACAUUUGGUCUGUUUAUUAUAAAAGAUCUCUUCUAAAAAAUAAAAUUUGGAAAGUUAAAAGAGAUGAGCAGAAAUCCGACCUCCUUAUUAUGUAGAGUGUUGCUUCCAUCAUAGACUGGGAUCUAGAUCAGCGUGAAGUGUAAACACAUUGUGCCCACUGUGUUGUAGACUUUAGUUUUAUUGUGAAAUCAUGUAGCUGAUAGUGUGGAGUGAAACUGCUGGCAGCAGCAUAGAGGUGCCAGGCAGCAGCAAAUAGGACAACUGAGUGCCUUUGAAAGAAAAAAUGGACGACAUGCAUCCCUUCCUAUCAGUUCCUAUGUUACAAAGUUUUCCAUUUUUAUUCUUCUGUCAGUUUCCUUCUUCCAAU